AAACUGACCCCGAACCCCAAACUGACCCCGAAUCCCCCACAGGGGGCCCCUGGCGAGCGCGGCCCCGCUGGCCUGGCCGGCCCCAAAGGAGCCACUGGAGACCCCGGACGCCCCGGAGAGCCCGGCCUGCCUGGAGCCAGGGGUCUCACGGGUCGCCCCGGGGACGCCGGGCCCCAAGGCAAAGUCGGCCCCACAGGUGCCCCCGGCGAGGACGGACGCCCCGGCCCCCCCGGCCCGCAGGGGGCUCGGGGCCAGCCCGGCGUUAUGGGGUUCCCUGGCCCCAAAGGCGGCAAUGGCGAGCCUGGAAAAGCCGGUGAGAAGGGACUUCCCGGAGCACCGGGGCUGAGGGGACUUCCCGGCAAGGACGGAGAGACCGGAGCCGCCGGACCCCCCGGGCCCGCCGGCCCGGCAGGGGAGAGGGGGGAGCAAGGAGCCCCCGGCCCCUCCGGCUUCCAGGGGCUGCCAGGGCCACCAGGUCCCCCCGGCGAGAGCGGCAAGCCCGGAGAUCAGGGCGUUCCUGGAGAAGCCGGAGCCCCCGGGCUGGUGGGCCCCAGGGGCGAGCGCGGUUUCCCCGGCGAGCGCGGCUCUCCCGGUGCCCAGGGCCUGCAGGGGCCCCGCGGGCUGCCCGGUACCCCCGGCACCGACGGACCCAAGGGCGCCACCGGCCCCGCCGGCCCCACCGGCGCCCAGGGACCCCCGGGGCUGCAGGGGAUGCCCGGGGAGAGAGGAGCGGCUGGCAUCGCCGGGCCCAAGGGGGACAGGGGCGACGUCGGAGAGAAGGGACCCGAGGGAGCCCCCGGAAAGGACGGAGCCCGCGGUCUGACCGGUCCCAUCGGCCCCCCCGGCCCCGCUGGCCCCAACGGCGAGAAGGGCGAGUCUGGCCCCCCCGGCCCGUCGGGAGCCGCCGGUGCCCGCGGUGCCCCGGGAGAGCGCGGAGAGCCCGGAGCCCCCGGCCCCGCCGGGUUCGCCGGUCCCCCGGGCGCCGACGGCCAGCCCGGAGCCAAGGGCGAGCAGGGCGAGCCCGGCCAGAAGGGCGACGCCGGAGCCCCCGGGCCUCAGGGGCCCUCCGGAGCCCCCGGACCGCAGGGUCCCACCGGUGUCACCGGUCCCAAAGGAGCCCGGGGCGCUCAGGGACCCCCGGGAGCCACCGGAUUCCCGGGAGCCGCCGGACGCGUCGGACCCCCCGGCCCCAACGGUAACCCCGGCCCCCCCGGGCCCCCCGGCUCCGCGGGCAAGGACGGCCCCAAGGGCGCCCGGGGCGACGCGGGACCCCCGGGCCGGGCGGGGGACCCGGGGCUGCAGGGCCCCGCCGGCCCCCCCGGCGAGAAGGGCGAGCCCGGCGAGGACGGCCCCGCGGGCCCGGACGGUCCCCCCGGUCCCCAGGGGCUGGCAGGACAGCGCGGCAUCGUGGGGCUGCCGGGGCAGCGCGGCGAGCGCGGAUUCCCGGGACUGCCGGGACCCUCGGGAGAGCCUGGAAAACAGGGAGCCCCUGGAUCUACUGGUGACCGGGGCCCCCCCGGGCCUGUGGGACCCCCCGGGCUGACGGGACCAGCCGGAGAGCCCGGCAGGGAGGGAAAUCCCGGCUCUGACGGACCCCCGGGCAGGGAUGGGGCGGCCGGGGUGAAGGGCGAUCGUGGCGAGACCGGCCCCGUGGGUGCUCCCGGUGCUCCCGGCGCUCCCGGCGCUCCCGGCCCCGUGGGACCCACGGGAAAACAGGGAGACAGAGGAGAGACGGGUGCUCAGGGUCCCAUGGGUCCCUCCGGCCCCGCUGGCGCCCGGGGGAUGCCGGGUCCCCAGGGGCCGCGCGGUGACAAGGGCGAGGCGGGCGAGGCAGGAGAGCGCGGCCUGAAGGGGCACCGGGGCUUCACCGGGCUCCAGGGGCUGCCCGGGCCCCCCGGUCCCUCUGGAGACCAGGGUGCUGCCGGGCCCGCGGGUCCCUCCGGGCCAAGGGGUCCCCCCGGCCCCGUGGGCCCUUCGGGCAAGGACGGCUCCAAUGGGAUGCCCGGACCCAUCGGGCCCCCCGGACCCCGCGGGAGGAGCGGCGAGCCCGGCCCGGCGGGCCCCCCCGGGAACCCCGGCCCGCCCGGGCCCCCCGGGCCCCCCGGCACCGGCAUCGACAUGUCGGCGUUCGCGGGGCUGGGGCAGCCCGAGAAGGGCCCCGACCCCGGGCGCUACAUGCGGGCGGACGAGGCGGCCCCGGGGCUGCGGCCGCACGACGCCGAGGUGGACGCCACCCUCAAGGCCCUCAACAACCAGAUCGAGAACAUCCGCAGCCCCGAGGGCUCCCGCAAGAACCCAGCCAGGACCUGCCGAGACAUCAAACUCUGCCACCCCGACUGGAAGAGCGGCGAUUACUGGAUCGACCCCAACCAGGGCUGCACGCUGGACGCCAUCAAGGUCUUCUGCAACAUGGCCACGGGGGAGACGUGCGUGUACCCCAGCCCCGGCAGCAUCCCCAGGAAGAACUGGUGGAGCAGCAAAGCCAAGGAGAAGAAGCACGUCUGGUUCGCCGAGACCAUCAACGGCGGCUUCCACUUCAGCUACGGCGCUGAGGAGCUGGCGCCCAACACGGCCAACAUCCAGAUGACCUUCCUGAGGCUGCUGUCCACCGAGGGCUCCCAGAACGUCACCUACCACUGCCGCAACAGCGUGGCCUACCUGGACGAGGAGUCGGGCAGCCUGAGGAAGGCGCUGCUCAUCCAGGGCUCCAACGACGUCGAGAUCCGCGCCGAGGGCAACAGCCGGUUCACCUACAGCGUGCUGGAGGACGGCUGCACGAAACACACGGGGAAGUGGGGCAGGACUGUCAUCGAGUACCGCUCACAGAAGACCUCGCGCCUGCCCAUCGUGGACAUUGCACCUAUGGACAUUGGGGGACCCGAGCAGGAGUUUGGGGUCGACCUCGGCCCCGUCUGCUUCUUGUAAAAAAAAAAAACAGGAUUUUUUUUGGUGUGGUUGUUUGUUUUGGGUUGUCGUGGUUUUUGUUUGUUGGUUUGGUUUUUGCUUUUUUUUUAAAAAGCCCGGCCCGAUUCCUUAAAAAAAGAAAAAAAAUUAAAAACCACAAAAAACGGGAUCCACCCCAAAAAGGAGCUGAGAAGUUCUGCACUGAAAGGGCUCACCCCGAAUCAGGGAGCAACCACCUCAUCCCAACACCGGAAUCAAAGGAAAAACCCGUUAAUAUUUAUUUAUUCUCUUCCUGGAAGACCUGUUUUUGAGGUCAGGUGGAGGUGGGAAUGUCAGUGAUCCCUUUUUCCCUUGAAAAAAAUGGGAUUUCACCAAUCCAGGUAUCAAAAAUCCCCUCCUCACCCCUAAUUUUCCCCUUUACCCCCAGCAGGAGUGUUCAUGUAUAAUAUGAGUUUAAAAACACACAAAAAAAAAUCAAAAAUGGUGCUAUUCUUGUAAAACAAGUCUGUAUUUUUUAACAUCUGUUGGUAUAAAAUGAAAAAAAUCUAAAAAAAAAAACUUUUGGUCAAAAGUAAAA